CAUCUUCUCCUUCUUCUCACGAGUCAGAGACGCAUCGAGAUUGAAACUCAGAAUGGCUGAUUAUUCGAAUGUAGCUCCUCCAUCUUCGGGCGCAGGCGGCGGGAUGAACGACGCUUUUAAAGACGCCCUCCAAAGGGCUAGGCAGAUUGCUGCUAAAAUAGGCGGGGAUGGGGCUGGUGCUCCUCCAGCCAGUACAAAUGACUUUGGAUAUGGAGGUCAGAAGAGGCCUUUGGAAGAUGCAGAUGACUCUUGGACAAGUCUGAGCAGUAGAACACACUGGGAGGGAAUGUCCUCUCCUUUCAAAGAUCAACCAGACUCCAAGAAGGUCGCCUCCCAGAAUGAUCCAUUUAGCUCACCAAUGGGAGGAAUGGGUGCAUCUCAGAGGUCGGUCGUUACAGAGGAAUUCAAAGUUCCAGAUGGAAUGGUUGGAUUUAUAAUUGGCAGAGGUGGCGAACAAAUAUCUCGCAUGCAGCAGGAGUCUGGAUGCAAAAUACAGAUUGCCCCAGAUAGUGGUGGUCUUCCUGACAGAUCCGUCAUGUUAACAGGUUCUCCUGAUUCAAUUCAGUCUGCAAAAAGCCUAUUGGGUGAAAUUGUAGAGAAGGGACGACCUGGACCUGUCUUCCACCAUUCAGAUGGGCCAGGAAUGUCGGUUCAAGAAAUUUUGGUUCCAGCCAGUAAAGCUGGCUUGGUAAUCGGAAAGGGUGGAGAAACAAUAAAGCAAUUGCAGGAACGUGCUGGAGUGAAGAUGGUGAUGAUUCAGGAAGGACCACAGAACACAGGAGCAGACAAGCCACUCAGAAUUACAGGAGAGCCAUUUAAGGUUCAGCAAGCUAAAGAUAUGGUGAUGGAACUUAUCAGAGAUCAAGGGGGAUUUAGAGAACAACGUAAUGAAUAUGGAUCCCGAAUGGGUGGAAAUGACCUUGGCUUAGAUGUAAGUGAGACACAGGUUCCUGUGCCGCGGUUUGCAGUUGGCAUUGUAAUAGGCAGAAAUGGAGAAAUGAUUAAGAAGAUUCAGAAUGAUACUGGUGUCAGGAUUCAGUUUAAACCAGAUGAUGGAACCACACCAGAAAGAAUAGCUCAGAUAAUGGGACCCCCAGACAGAUCCCAGCACGCUGCAGAAAUAAUCGGUGACCUCCUGAGAAGCGUACAGGCUGGUGGACCUCCUGGACCAGGGGGCCGGGGAAGAGGAAGGGGCCAAGGCAACUGGAACAUGGGUCCCCCAGGUGGACUUCAGGAGUUCAGUUUUACAGUUCCUACUAUGAAGACAGGGCUAAUCAUUGGAAAAGGUGGAGAAACUAUAAAAAGUAUUAGCCAGCAGUCUGGUGCAAGGAUAGAGCUACAAAGAAAUCCUCCUCCCAAUGCAGAUCCCAGUCUUAAAAUGUUCACAAUCCGUGGAUCACAUCAACAGAUUGACUAUGCCAGACAGCUUGUUGAAGAAAAAAUUGGAGGUCCGGUGAGUCCAUUAGGUGGACCCCAUGGCCCACCAGGACCUCAUGGAGGUCCAGCACCACAUGGUCCCCAAGGACCUCCAGGGCCACCAGCACAAAUGGGACCUUACAACCCUGGACCUUACAAUCAGGGACCCCAAGGACCUCAUGGUCCUCCAGCACCAUAUCAACCACAAGGAUGGGGUAAUGGUUUUCCACAUUGGCAACAACAAGGACAACAAGACCCUGGUAAAGCAGCAGCAGAUGCUAAUGCAGCAGCAUGGGCAGCUUACUAUUCUCAGUAUCAGCAGCAACCACAAGCACCAGUAGCAGCUUCAAAUGCUGCUCCAGGUUCAGGCCAGACAAAUGGACAAGGUGACCAGCAGAAUCCAGGUCAGAGUGGACAGGCAGAUUACACGAAGGCCUGGGAGGAAUAUUACAAGAAAUUGGGCCAACAGGGUCAACAGCAGCCACAGGAUUACACAAAGGCAUGGGAGGAGUACUAUAAAAAGCAAGGUCAGCCAGCUCCAGCUAGUGCUACCCCAGCAGCUGGCCAACCAGACUACAGUGCUGCAUGGGCAGAGUACUACAGGCAACAGGCUGCGUAUUACGGGCAGGGAAGCCCACAGACAGUACCUCCACAUCCACCAGCACCACAAGCACAGCAGGGCCAGUAAUGUGAAGUGGACAUAGAGUAUAUGCUUCAUUGUCGAAAAAAACCUUUGUUAAUGUUUGGAUGCAGACGCCUUGAUGAAGAUCUUUAUUUUCUUUGGUUUAAAAACAGUUUAAAUAAUAAUAAAAAAAAAAAAAUGUUUAGAAUAACCAUUCCGGAGGCGAUUCUUGUAUAAUAAAUGAAUGGUUUGUUUUUAGUAUGUGGUUAGAUUUGGACAUUCCAGCUCCUGUAUUUCAACUUGUGGUCAAUGCUUCUGUUUAUAAACUGUAGUAAUUUCCAUGUAUAUCAUCUCAGUUUUAAAAGUGGCUGUUUUGUGUUUUGCAAUAAAACAAAAUGAAACCUCC